GAGUGCAUGGACCACUGCAUUGCUGUGACUAAGGAGGCUGGAAAGCAGGCGCCUGGCUGUUGAAGACUGCCUUUGGCCAUCAAACCUGACCCACAUCUGGGGCUUGGACACAGAACAGAAGGAUGAGCUGAAAUGCAUUUCAUUUGAGCCCAAAAUGAACCCUCUGCCAAGCACAGUGAAAAAUGAUGAUCCGUGAGGCACUGAAGAAGGACAUUCCCAUCAUGCAGAAGAGCUCCCCAGUAGAUCUGGUGACGGAGACGGACCAGAAGGUGGAGGCCCUGAUCAUAUCCUCCAUUAAGGAGAGGUAUCCCACUCACAGUUUUAUUGGUGAGGAGUCUGUGGCGGCAGGAGCUCCCAGUAUUCUCACGGACAAUCCCACCUGGAUCAUUGACCCCAUUGAUGGAACAACCAACUUCGUCCACAGGUUCCCAUUUGUAUCUGUAUCCAUUGGGUUCACUGUUAACAAAGAGAUUGAGUUUGGCGUUGUGUACAGCUGCAUUGAGGAGAAGAUGUAUACAGCCCGCAAGGGAAAGGGAGCCUUCUGUAACGGAGUCCCAAUCAAAGUGUCAGGGCAAGAAGAUAUAACAAAGUCGCUUGUGUUGACGGAAAUGGGGCUGAAGAAGGAUCCUGAACACUUCAAAGCAGUGAUGUCCAACAUGCAGAAGAUCCUGACCAUCCCUGUCCAUGGUAUCCGUUCUCCAGGCAGUGCAGCGGUGAACAUGUGUCUGGUGGCUUGCGGGUCAGCUGACGCCUACUACCACAUUGGGAUCCACUGCUGGGACAUGGCCGGGGGCGCUGCCAUUGUCACUGAGGCUGGGGGGGUUAUUAUGGACAUCACGGGAGGCCCGUUUGACCUGAUGUCCCGGAGGCUCAUUACAGCGAGUAGCAGAGCCAUCGCGGAGCACAUUGCGCAGCAGCUCCAAGAAUUUCCAUGUGGGCGAGACGACGCUGUGAACUAGACCGCAGGCUUAUGCAGUCCAGUUUAUCAGCCCUGUGGGACUCUUACACACACACUCACACACACACACACAGACACACACCACUGCACCACUUGUCUUGCCUUAUAGAAUGCAAUUCCUCAUGCACUCUGUUGUGUAUGCGGACAGUUUGUUCACGUGUUGAUGUUAAAUUAACCUCUGUAUACAUAUUUGGUCUUAAGGUAUAACAGACUGAACAAGGUCACAUGCGUGCCCUGUGCUUUUAUGAGGUAAUUUCAAUUUUAGUAAUCUCAGGUCUCACUGAAAUAAGAUAUGCAUUUUAAAAUUGAAGGGAAGAGCAGUAAGGUAGCGUCUUGUGGCUUUCUGGUUUAUGGAAAGCCUUGUGGCUUUCUGGAAACAUCGGUGUGGUAGCAGCAAUCUAGUACAGGAGUACUGUUGUACAGCACAGGCUUGUGAACUUGAGGCUGGCUCCUUGAACUUACCUUUAAAUUGCUAAUCACCUGGAACCUGUUUUGUGUGAUUAACAAAUGUUCCAGUGUCAAGGAGUACCUCAAUACUCCUUAUAAAUAUAAAGAUUUGAUUACAAUGAAGAUACACAGUCUUAACUGUGUCCUCAAAUGUUAAUACAUGAGAUAUGUUAAUACAAAAGAUAAUGCCACCACAUCAGACAAAAUUAAGUAAAAAGGAUUCAGGUGAAGAUGGUCUUUAUUGAAGUUGGCACUUCCAUUAACCAUACAAAACGAUCAAAACAGGAAUAGAAUAAUUAAUAUCCUAGAGGUAAGUUGUUUGCUUCCUGUUUCAAGUUCACAGGCCUGUACUGGUAUCAGCAACCAGUUGCAAGCAUGCACUACAUGAUCCAUCCAGGUGGACGUAAAGGUAAAUGAGGUGUUCUCUUGCAUUAAGGUAACCAGGGACUGUGUACCACAAUAAGAUAAAACCAAGGGAAAGUAUUUGGUCGGACUAUAGAUCAGCCUUGAAUUGGCCUCAGAAUUGGCAUGCACUCAAUAUGGCCAACUAAAUACUUUCCCUAGGGUUCAUUUUUCAAGUAAUUAGGGGCUUUUUCCAUUGAACUUAAAAUUACUUUGAAGCCCCAGGUAGCCAUAUAUGUAAAAUGGUAAAUGUAAUUCUAAACAGCCUUAUGUGCCAUUUGAAGCUCAUGUUCCCUUAAUUAUUUUGUCUUCUUUCUUUUAUAAACAUGAUUUGUCCAUUAAACUCCGACUGCUACUUAAACAUUGUUUUGGCAGCCCUCUCUCACUUUUGAAAGGAAGUAGUAGGAAUGACUUUAAUCUACCUCUAAUAUUGCUGAUGUCUAAGUUGCUCUACAUAACUGUGGAAAAUCUCUUCAAAGAAAAUGCUCUCCUGGUCAAAAUUGUCUAACUUACUUUCUUUUAAAACAUUAGGCAAGGUUUUAUA